UUUAAUUCCGCUACAAAUCGAGAUCAAAAUCCAAGUUGGUGGUAUUUUUCGUGUGUGUGUGAUAUCUCUAUGUUGGUAUUGGUGUAUGUUUGGAAAUAAAUAUGACAAUCAUCAUUGGAGUCAGCAGUCUAUAACGAUCCAACGAAUACAACAACAGUUUAGAAAAUUUUUAUAAUAAUUAUUAACAAUUGUGUGUGAUAAAUUAAUCUGCUGAAUAACUAUUGUGUAUUUAACUCUUAAGUUGAUCCAGUGUAUGAGUAAUCAUCAAUAGAGAGUGUGUGUGUAUCAAGUAAUUUAUUGAAUAAACUAUCAAGAAUAAUCAACACGUCAGUAAGCAGUGAUCAAUUUUUUUUUUUAUCACAGUGUUAACUGGCUUUGUCAUAUGAUCAGUGUACUAUUAUUUGUCAUAUAAUAUAUAUUUGAUACAAAAGAAUAUUAAUUUUUUUACUAAAUGGUGAAGAGUGUAAUAAUAAAUCACUGCAAAUGUAGCGAAACAGCUGGUUCAUAUUCUAACCCAGAAAAUCCAGGAUAGAAUUGUGAUUUCCUUGAAGGUGUUGAGGUCAAAAACGACGACGACGACAACGAGUAAAACAACAACAAAAGAAGAAGAAGAAAUUGAUAAAUCAAAUUUAAAUAUACAAAUGGAAUUUGGUGAUAAUAAUAUGGCUAAUUAUGGUAUUGUUGAUGGUGAUAGUGGUGAUGGUAACAACAGGAAUAACGUCGUCGUCGGAGACCAUGUUCGAGGUAGUAAUUCACUGAGAAGUAACACUUGGAGUCAAGGAUUUGAUAUUACUGAUGAACAUGAUAAUUGUCCACUUGCUAAUAACUGUGGUGAAAUUGCUAGUGCAAGAGCAACAAUUUCAGAUCAACCUCAAUAUGAUGCAACAGCAUAUGCUGAGGAUAAAAUGCGUAGAAAAUUAAGAUUUUUUUUUAUGAAUCCAAUUGAAAAAUGGCAAGCAAGAAGAAGAUUUCCAUAUAAAUUUGUCGUACAAGUUAUUAAAAUAAUUCUUGUUACAAUACAACUUUGUUUAUUUGCUCAUUCAAAUUACAUGCAUGUCAAUUACACCUGGGACAAUCGUAUUGCAUUUUCACAUUUAUUUUUAAAAGGCUGGGAUGCAACACAAGAGGUACCAGCUUAUCCACCAGCAACUGGACCUCUAGCUCUCUACAAACAGGAUGAUUUUUAUUCAACAAUUGAUUAUGCAUUAAAAGGAUAUUAUAAUCUCAGUGAUGCUAUUGGACCAUAUUCAUAUACAAAUGAUGACAAUUCAAUUGGACGUGUUGAUUUGUGUCUUUAUCAUUACAAAGAAGGCACAAUAUUUGGCUUUAAUCAGAGUUAUGUAUUUAACAGUGAAAUUGAAAAAACAUGCAUUAAAAUAAAUCAUACAAUGAUGAUGUUAACAAACGUUAAAACAAAAAAUUUAUUAAUAAAUAAAAAUAUAACAAUAAAUUUUUCAGCACUUGUUAAAGCACAUUUAAAAUUUUCAAUAAAAACAGUUAAUUUAAAAGCUGCUGGACCAAUGACACCACCAGAUUGUUAUGAAUUUGAUAUUGUUAUUAUAAUGGAUAAUAGUGAUUUUGAUGGACAAAUGUUGUUAUCACUUGAAGCUGAACCAAAAAGAUUACAAUGUAAUGAUACAACAUACAUAACAGAUAAUCAAAUAUUUUCAGCAUUACGUACAAUAUUAAAUAUAUUUGUCAUAAUAAUAUGUGGUAUAUCACUUGUAUUAUGUUCAAGAGCAAUAAUAAAUGCUCAAAAAUUAAAAAUUGAAACUAUAAAAUUUUUUAAAAAAACAUACAAUAAAAAUCUUAGUUUUGAUGGACGUCUUGAAUUUUUAAAUAUGUGGUAUAUAACAAUAAUAAUAAAUGAUAUAUUUAUUAUAAUUGGUUCAGCAAUGAAAGAACAAAUUGAAAAAAAAUAUUUUGAAAGUGAUCAUUGGAAUUUAUGUAGUAUAUUUUUAGGUACUGGUAAUUUAUUAGUAUGGUUUGGUGUAUUACGUUAUUUGGGAUUUUUUAAAACAUAUAAUGUUGUUAUAUUAACAUUAAAAAAAGCAGCACCAAAAGUUGUACGUUUUUUAAUGUGUGCAAUAUUAAUAUAUGCUGGUUUUACAUUUUGUGGAUGGCUUAUACUUGGUCCAUAUCAUAUUAAAUUUAGAUCAUUAGCAACAACAUCUGAAUGUUUAUUUGCAUUAAUAAAUGGUGAUGAAUUAUUUGCAACAUUUUCAAUAACAUCAUUUAAAUCACCAUUAUUAUGGUGGUAUUCAAGAAUAUAUCUUUAUUCAUUUAUAUCACUUUAUAUUUAUGUUGUAUUGAGUUUAUUUGUAUCAGUUAUUAUGGAUGCAUAUGAUACAAUUAAAGUAUACUAUCGUGAUGGUUUUCCUAAAAAUGAUUUACAAACAUUUAUUUCAUUGUGCACUGAUGAAGCAUCAAGUGGUGUUUUUCGACAGGACACACAGACUAUCAAAAAUUCACCCAAUUUUAGUGAAUUACUCAAUAAACUCUGUUGUUGUCGGAAAAGACCCUACGGUUCAUUUAGUCAAUCAAGUGAUUCAUCAUCAACAGCAUCAAAGUCCGAUGAAAUCUGUGGAAGUGCAAUCUGUAUCUAGCAGAUUGAUUAAUGAUAAAUUCAAUCGAAAAUAUUAUGGAUCAAUAUGAUUAACGACAGCCUAAAUUCCAUUUACUGAUAAUAAUUCAAUUUUUUUUUAUUUUUUAUUAUCGCUUUCAUCUGUUUUUUUAAAUUAAAAAAAUUUAUAUUUUAUCGUCAUUAACGAAUUAUUCGAAUGAACAAAAUAUUUUCUUUAAAUUUUUGAAAAAAAAAUAACAUUGUGGUAGUAAAUGAGUACACUGCCGAAAUACUUUUUUUGGAAAUAUAUAUUGUUAAAUAAAUAAAAAAUGUGAUAAUGAAAAACAAAAAAAAAAUUAAAAAUUUUAAAAGCUUGUAAAAAAAUUAAUAUAUAUGUACAUUGUAUAUAUAUAUAUAUAUUAAAUAGAAUUGAUGUUUUAAAUCUGUAGUAUGUAAUGCAACCAAAAAAAAAAAAAAAAAAAUAUAUAUUAAUUAUGUGUGAGGGUGCUAUGUAGAAAACCUGUGAUAAGUUAAACGACAUUUUUUAAUGGACUCAUUUGAAAAAAAAUUAAAAUAACAAAAAUUUAAUUCAAAUCAAAAUUCAAAUUGGCAGUUAUGAUGAUUAACAUUUUGUUAUACAAAAGAAAUUAUUUAUUUAAAUUUUUUAGGAAAAUUAAAAUGUAAUAAUGCAUUUAUAACUAAAUACAGAUUUUUUUUUUUUUUUAUUGUUUGUUUUUAUCAGUUAAAUAUGUAAAAUUGUGUAACGAUUGUACCAAAGCUAUCAAGCACAAUGUAAAAUAAAAAAAUUAAUAAGAAGUUUAUU